AUGUGCGAUCUGUGUUCGCCUUGUUUUCCGGAAAACAAAACGUAUGAGGAGUUAGUCAAACUUGUGACGGAGCACUUUGAACCGCAGCGAUCCGAAAUCGCUGAGUGCCACGUAUUCAGACUGAGACGUCAGCGCCCCGGCGGAUCCCUCACGGAGUAUUUACAAGCAUUAAAACAUCUCGCGGCUACGUGUAAUUUUGGCAAAUGCAACACAUGUUCUACAUUGGAGGAGAACCUGCGUAACCAAUUCGUGUCGGGUCUAGCCAAUGACGCAAUGCGAUCGAGAAUUUUCGCCGAGAAGAAGAUCCAAUAUAAGGAGGCGGUGGAGCUCGCGUUGGCUUUAGAGGCUGCCGAAAAGCAUGCGGAAGUGAGCGGCUCCACAAAGGUGUUGGCGACGGACUCAGGGGCGACGGGUGGCGAGGCGGGCGAGUGCCUGCACUAUGCGCGUGGCAGCGGCGGCUUCAAGGGCCGGCAAGGUGGGCAGCGCGCGCGGCCACCACGAGCGCCCGGAGCAGGGGGCGCGACGACGGCGGCUGGCGCAGGCGCGCGCGCGUGCUGGCGCUGUGGCAGGGCGCACGCCGACAGGUGCCGGUUCAAAUACUACAACUGUGACGAGUGCGGCCAGCGGGGCCAUAUUAAAGCAGGAAACGGUGCGGCGGAAAAUGCCGGCAAAACUAUUAAAAAAACAAUAAAGAGAGCACUGUACGAAGGCGAGGAUAUUAACGCGGCUCUUAAUAAAUUCCUUUUGAAAUAUCGCAACUGUGAGCACGCAACGACGGGCGUCUCGCCGGCGGUGGCACUACAGGGCAGGAGGCUGCGGAGCCGCCUGGACGCACUGCGGCCAGACGUGGUGGCCGCAGUGCGCUCUAGGCAAGAGAAGCAGGUAGUACGCACCGCCGGUGCUAAUAGGGAGUUUCGCGUGGGGGAUGCGAUACUCGCACGUGACUACAGAACGAAGGGAAGCGAGUGGGCUGAAACUAUAGUUGUUAAGAAGACGGGACCGGUCUCUUAUAAAGUCGACUUAGGAAAUGGUGUAGAGUGGCGUAGACAUGUUGACCAAUUGAUUCCAACUAAAAAUCGAUACUCACUGCCACGUACGAGAGCCGCGCCUUCGGCGGACAGCAGUGCUUUAAAAUCGGAUACGACAGAGGUCGAUAAUGGGGCCGAAGAUGAAGUUUUUGAGGACGCUUCAAAUAGGGAUGAGACCUUGAAUGAACCCUUGGAAGCGGUGGAAGCGCCACAGGCACAGUCCGGGCAGAUCUCUCCAGCGCCUGUGCCUGAGUCGCCUUCACCACGUACAGCAGCUCGAGCACUGCGUGCUCUAAAACGAGCUAAACGCAAUAUUUCAAAUUUAGAG